GGAUCUACUUUGUCUAUAUGUAUUUACGUCUGUUGCCCGACCACCAGUAUAAAGCGUUAACAAAUUAAAUCGUGAACUUUAUAAACUUUCCAAUGUGAAGUCUCGCGAUAGAACAUUCAGUUGCUGUAGCAACGAGUCUGACUCCCCGCUGGUAACGUUAGCACGCUUUUGUUUAUUAUUUACUACACUCGUCAAACGCCGUUUCGGUUUUGGCUUGUAGAUACGGAAUGCCUUAGCUAGUCACGGUAAUAUCAAUGUUAAACAUCUUCGUUUUUUAUUCGUUUACCAUGUUAUUUCUACACAGUCUCAUCCUCUGGUAUUAUCUAGCUAAUUCUUGCUACCAAUCGUCGCAUGCCAACUCGCAUGUUAGCUAGCUUUAGCUAUUUUACAGUCGGCAAAGGAGCAGUGUCUAUCACAGAAAAACAUUAGCUAUAUUUGUGAAAAGCGCAGCCGCUCUCCCACUCCUGGACUAGACGGCGGUGCUAUGGCCGCCGUGCACAGUUUGAUACCGGCACGCUUUCUCACUUUAACGGCCCAUCUGGUCAUCGUCAUCACCAUCUUCUGGUCGCGGGAGAGUAACGUCCUGGCCUGCCUCCCUCUGGAUUUCACACAGGAGGAGUUUAACAGCAAGGACACAGAGCUGGUGGUGGCUCUGUCCGUGACACUGGGCCUGUUUGCAGUGGAGCUGUCCGGCUUCUUCUCAGGAGUUUCCAUGUUCAACUCCAGCCAGAGCCUGCUGUCUCUGGCUGCUCACUGCAGCGCGUCCGUCUGUCUGUCCUUCUUCGUCUUCCAGAAGUGGGAGUGCUGGACUUACUGGUUCAUUUUUGCCUUCUGCAGUGCACUCCCAGCGUUGGUGGAAGUCUUCCUCUUCAUCGCGGUAUUUGGGCUGAAGAGGAAGCCGGUAUGAGGAGCUCACGGGCCUCAAGUUCAGAACCUACAGAGCCUCCAGAACCAGGAUCAGACCCCAAAGCCCCCCCCCCCCCAACCCCCUCACCCCUACAGAGCCCCCCCACGCCACCAUAACCCCUUUCAUUCCCAAGUCCACCCCGGGCUGUUGGAGUGCCAGGCUGAUUUACACUGCGGAGGUAGACGGACAGUGACCAUGCGUACAUCACCAAGAUUAAACCUCUCACCGCUGGACGGGGGCACGAGGCCGCACCCCUCCAGGCCCGACGGGACCAGGCUUCCCGUCGCAUUCCCAGCUUCCUGUUUGACCGCUAUCACAGACCAAAUCCCUGAACUUCCCUUUUUAAUUCUUUUCCCCAUUACUAAGUCUUGUUAUUCUGCAGUUUUUCUGUUGGUACUGUGCCGCACCUGUGGAAGGUCAGGCCUGUCGAAGGAAGAUUGAGUUUUCACAUCUCUGCCAAUUAGAAUAAUCUGUUCCUAUGGAAAAGUUCAGCUAAUGUAAGAAAUGUUCUGACGUUUGUAAACGACUCUCCUCCCGCACACAGGUGGUGUAAGAGCUUAAGUCUGAUUUCAUCCUCAUGUACAAAUGGAAGAAAAAUAAACUUUUUUAAUUUCCUCC